AUGUUUGCCCUGUACGUCGACGUCAUCACAAGGAGGAUCAAGCAAGAUCCUUGCGGGCAGAACAAGCACUGGUCGCCGCAGUACUGCCACUGCUCGCUGGACGUGACUGCUCCCGUCUUCCGCAUCGUGGGGUGGGCCAACAUGACGGAGGUGGCCUCGGCGGCAAUCGUGCCCUUCGCCUCCUCCCCCGCACGCGGCCUGGAGAUAAAGGAGUUCCUCGUGGACAGGAUGGACACCAACCACGAGAGACAUGGGAAGAAGACCAGCGCAGGGAGUCGCUCGCAGGAGGCGUAUACCACGGAAGCGCUCCAGGCAGUUCAUGAAGCUUACGCCAAAGACUACGAGCUGUUCUCGCAGUAUUGGGACGAAAAUAACUGAAGAUUGAGGCGGCGCCGGGGAGGCAAGGAUAUUGACCGAAACGCCACGUUUUGUUGUGAAGAUCUCUCAGAUCAGGGUAACGUCAGGAGUCCUUCAUGCUGUCUCCGCGAAAGUCUGAAUAAAGGUCAAAUACCGCUGACGCUGCGCUGUGGGGAUAGAUGUAUUCCUUCGCCAGCGUCGAUCAGUUUGCUCUUUUUGAGGGGGUUGUUUCCCUGAUGAUGAUUUUGUUGAAGCAAUACCGCCUACUUCGAAAGUUCUAUGGAGAAGGGUCACCGUUGGGAGGACAUGACUUCCCCGCUCUGACUCAACUACCCCAGAAUUUGGGUGGUCGUUUGAAAAUUGCGCAGCGGAAUCCGUGUUGGUUACCGUACAGGAUUUUUUUCACAGGUCCUGUAAACGUUUGUCCAUGUGUUCUAGAUAUCUUAAGUUUUAAGGAGGCUUUUCUCGGGUAGCGAUGAGUUGAAGCACUAAAUACCCCCUCAUAGCGCAGGCAGCACAUGCCUGCGUAUGAGUCAAGUCUCUCCACGCAGUCAAAUUUGUUGGCAGAGCUGUCGUAUCAGUAAGACCGGGCUUGUCCAAGAGUGGUGGGGGAAGGGAGGGCGAUGGCCAUAAACAAGAGGAGUUUGUGCAUCGUCGAAGGACGAAACUUGAUCCAUAUAUGUAUCAUAUGGAUGUUGUUUGUGCGUUUCACGAAGGUCAACGUUGCGAGCGGGGCGUGUUAACGGUACGAGGCCAAACCCACCCGCAAAAGAAAAAUUCGAGAAAAGUGCACUGCUGUAGCUUGUAGAAGAGCGGGUGUUUUCCCUUCAACGGAGUGCGAGCACUUGCGUUGUGCACGAAAAUGUUUUCUUGCAUCUUCUGCACGCGUCGUUUGUCUUGCAGAGUCAACAUUCUGUCGGUUUUUCU